UGUAGAGUAAGGUAAGAUGCUACUUGUCUUUAUUUUCCCCUCAGGGUUAACGAUGGCGUAGUGAUACCGAGGAGACAUGAGACCCCAAUGGGAGAACACGCGAUACAGCACCAUCAGCGCUGACAUGAAGGCCGCCCCAAACGGACCCAGACACGUGCAGUUUGCGGAGCCGGACACGCUGUGUGACGGGACCCUGAGGACGGCCACGCUGCCGGGGUCGUUCGGCAGGAAGACGGGACGAGACGACAGGACUAGGUCGUACUACCGCUCAAACUGGGACGAGAAUGAAGAUAUCGACCCCACGGUGAGGCUGACAUGCUUCCAGAUCGCAGAACCGGACAUGAAGGAGAUUGACAAGAGUCCGGAGAAGAAGCCGCAUCCCCAGCCCUCCUCCUGCAGGAGAAGGCUGCGCACCAUGUGUGUCGUCAUCCUGUGGGUCAUCCUCCUGGGACUAACCGGCUUCACAGCAUGGCUGUACUUCAAGGUAGACCGGCUGAAAAUGGAGAAGACCCGUCUACAGAGGAAGGUAGUAGGCGGCGCGAGGCAGCUGUCAGACUUACAGGACAGAACUGACAAACUGACCCAGGAGAAAAACGUGCUGGAGAAGCGACUUAACGGUGGACUGAAGGACUUCGCCGAACUGAAGAACGUAACGUGGCUGCUGAAGUCUCGGCUCGAGAGCGUUGCCGGAGACUUGGGAGAGAAGUCUGGCACCUUGCAGGUGGUUCGAGAGAGGAUUAACAGUCUUACGACUUGCGACAGAGGAGAUGAUUGUCUUAUUCGAGAUUGUGCCGAUGUGAGAACGCGAAACAAACUCAACGGGGUCUACCCCACCUGGCCCAAGAAUGUCAGCAGCGCCCUUUAUGUGUACUGUGACCAGACCACGCAGGGGGGCGGCUGGACUGUCAUUCAGCGUCGCGUAGACGGCAGCGUCGACUUCUUCCGAAACUGGACGGAUUAUCGGGACGGAUUCGGAGAUCUUAACGACGAGUUCUGGCUCGGAAACGAGAAUUUAUACAUCAUAACCUCCCAGAAAAUGUACAGACUGAGGAUUGAGCUGGAAGACUGGGAUGGGAUCCGGAAGUACGCAGAAUAUUCCUUCAUGAGCGUGGAUUCGGAGAUGGAAGACUAUAGGUUAAGACUGGGAGCUUACGUUGGAAACGCAGGGGAUUCCAUGUCCGCGACCAACACCACCCAUGGAUGGGACAUCUUCAAGCGAAACCUGAAUAACAUGACCUUCAGCACUAAGGACAGGGACAACGAUAAUUCCCUGGAUAGCUGCGCCCGGCUGUACAAAGGGGGGUGGUGGUACAACAGCUGCUACAACGCCAAUCUGAACGGGAAGUACUACAACACAGGUGGACGGGCGUAUGAUAGUGACUUGCAGGACGGCAUUGAGUGGUUUACAUGGAAGGGUUGGUACUAUUCACUGAAGUCGGUAUCUAUGAAAUUACGUCCUGUCGAUUUUUUACCUUAAAAUGUUUGGGCUAGACGUGUGAGUGCAACUACCUUUAGGGUAUCGACAAAAGUGCCUUCUAUUUCUUUGUGACGCCAAAUUGACAUAUCUUGAUAGAAGAUAAGAAUGAUGUGCGAAUGAAUGAAAAACGAACAUCCAUGCUUGAUAUCGUGAUAUGUGUUAUGGCGAGCAAACGAAGCAAUGUCCAAGAAGAGAUUGUCAGAGGUCUAUGUUAUCUUAGAGGUAAGUAUAUAUAUGCAAUUGGAAAUCUUUAAGGGACGUCUUUGAAGAAACACUUUUUUAAAACUUAGGCAAUGGCAAUUGAAUUUUAUGGAUGACAUCCUCUGCAGAUCAA